AUGGUUUAUAAUCCUUCUGAUUUAGUCAUUAAAGCUAGUGGAAACCAGGCUGUCAAUGUUAACCCAACACAUGGUGUCGAUUUUAAGAUCACCAACCGUGGCUCCGAUUGGCUUUGGGCUUGUUUUUCUGUGUUUGGUUUUUUAACCGCUUUAUACACGUUAUUAUUGUUUUUAAAUAGAGUUGGUAAUAGAUUUAAGAAGGUCGUUUAUGCUUCUAUAGUAUGGAUCGGAAUAGUAAUGACUUUCAAUUAUUAUGCAAUGGCUUCUAAUUUAGGUUGGGCAGGCAUUAAUGCGGAAUUUAACAACAUUACUGUUAGCAACCAAAGCGCCAAUCCAGGUGUAAGACAGAUUUUUUACACUAAAUUUAUUGCUUGGGUUUUAUCCUGGCCGGCCUAUAUUUUGAUUAUCGAGGCCUCCUCCUUGGAAGGCGACUUUGAUGGCGCCCGUUUAUUCGAUUUAUUGGAAGCUUAUUUGAUCCAGGUUGGGGGCCUAGAGGUGUUGUCCAUUGGUCUUUUGUUAUCCUCUUUAAUUAAAAGCACCUAUAAGUGGGGUUUCUGGGUUUUUGCAGCCUCUGGAGUUAUAACGUACAGUGCUUUUUUUGUCUACCGUCAUAUAUUCCAAUUAUACACCAGGGGUUUGAAAUUACUAAUUCUAUUUGUUUCAAUAGUUGUUAUUUUGUUAUACCCAGUCGCUUACGCUUUAUCUGAUGGUGGUAACGUUAUUCAACCAGAUGCUGCUGCUGUUUUCUUUGGUAUUUUGGACUGGUGCAGCUUUGUCAUUUUACCAAUCUUUAUUUCAUGGGUCUCUUGUUCUGGUUCAGCUUCAUUCUUACCAACCAUCUUCAAAGAAAGAAAAUUGCCUGAAAAACCAGCUGCUGAUACUGAAAAACAGGAGCCUGCUUCUAUUAGGGCUUCUGGCGAAACCGAAAUCCCAGAGGUUGUUGAUACAGGAGACUCUGAAGAAUCUACUUGA